UUAUAAGUUAUGAGCAAAAUAAUUUGGAUUUUCUAAUCGUAAUUAUGUCAGAGACGCCGGCGAUGUAUCGUUCAGCAAUAGUAGUACUAAUCCUCCAAAUAUAUGUGGUGUUCAUUGGACCUGUCGACGCCAACUGUGAUACCAACGAGUCACCCUGCAUCUGCGUGACGCUUGACACGGGAACCACCGCCAUUAAUUGCUCGGCCGUGUUUCCUAAGCUAACCGAGAUCCCUAAGGUGCCCCAUGACACCACCAUUUUUGAUCUUUCCAACAACCGGAUACGGCCUGACGCUCUGCACGAGUUGUGCGAGUACACUCGUUUAGAAGAAGUGAGUAUUUCAAGGAAUCAUCUGAAGACUAUCCCGGCAAAGGAGUUGAUGCGGUGUUUGAUUACCAGGAGUUUGAAUCUGAGUGGGAAUGUGUUCGAUGCUAUUUCACACGAUUCUCUGAAAGGUUUGGAAACGACUCCAGCCAUAUAUGGAUUGGAAUCUAUGAAAUUUACAGACCUAACUAUUUCCAGUAUGGUGCAAUUACGAUUAUUGGAUCUUAUUGUUCAUCAAACCGAAAUUCCAAACACUUUAUUUAACAAAUUAAGACUGCAAAGUUUAUAUCUUGAUAUUCGCAGUGCCACAGAGCUACCAGUUCGUUUCCUUGAUCCUAUAGCGGCCACACUUGAGAGGUUACAACUUACCAGUAAUGUCCUCGACACGCUGCAGGAAUCACUCCUUUAUAAGAGCCAGACGCUUGCUGAACUAUACCUGCAACUGCCGGCCUUACGCUCAGUCCCGACUAAUUUCUUCCAAACACCAUCUUUGACCAGCAAAUUGAAAACCAUUGUUUUAAAAGGCAUUAAAAGUUUACCAAGGAAUGUGUUUUCUUCACUGAACGGUUUAAGAAGUCUUGAUGUUCACGAGGCAGAAGAUCUGCCAUCGGGAUUAUUUAGCGGACUACGUUACUUGGAGACACUAGAUCUAACUGGAACUCACUUGGUCACCAUACCCACGGAUUGGUUUACAGACUUGGGGAAUCUACGACGUCUAGUGUUACGCUCGACCGGGUUACAAUCCAUUUCCAAAACGGACUUUUCUAAUAUGAAUCAACUGCGCCAUGUGGAUUUGUCAAAAAAUGAAAUACGUAAAGUACCAAGUCAUUUCUUUCGUGAAAUAAGCGAAACAGUUUCAGUUAUUGACUUGAGUUACAACAAUCUCAAAAUGAUCUCUUACGAUUUAUUUAAUGGGCAUUCGUCACUGAAAAAACUGUACCUAAAUGAUAACAAGAUUUCGUCAAUUCAGCCUGGUGCGUUCGUUUCUUUGAGUGAACUUCGAGAACUUUAUCUACAGAACAACAAGCUCUAUCCUGUUGAGGAAACCCUGUUUGCAAACACCAGAAAUAUAACCCACCUGGACCUUUCGUCAAACAUUUUGACUAGUUUGCCCGCGGGUAUUUUUCAAAAUACACGUAAAAUUCGCUCUCUUAUUCUUUCAGAUAACGUAAUAAGUUAUCUAGACGAAUCGAUCCAAUUAAAUUCUUCGUCCUUACAUAAAUUUGACGUUAUGCACAAUAAACUGCUAUGUAAUUGUAGCACGUGGAGGCUUAAGUUUUCUCUCUCAGGGGCCCGUGUAAUUGGUGAUUGUUGGAAUGAAACUACAGGCGAAACCCUGACUCUAAACAGUUAUUUCCUGUUACGUUUAGAUUGUCAAAGAAUAACUCCUACAUCAAUGGCUCCGUCAGUGGCAGACAAUGGUGUUUUCCAGCUGACAUCAAGUGACAGUAACUCGUUGGUCGUAUCAAGUGCAGUUUUGGAAAGUUCUUUUGUUCUCAGUUAUGAAGAAACCGCCCAUAAUUCCGGCCAUACUAUGACAGCUCAUACUUCACAUAUUGAAUCUACGUCUGUUUAUGUAAUAAGAUUACAAAAUAUCACGUCAACUUUAGAAAACAUUAUUCUAACAGAUGAUCCGCUUGAUCGUUCGACCUAUCGACCAUGGCCACGUUUCGAACAUUCGUCAACCACAGUCCAUGCGAACAUUUCACCGACGCCAGUGUCCAAACCUCGGGGAGAGUAUGCCAGCACUGUGACAACCAGUGGUGAUUCUGACCACUAUAACCUCUACGAUGCCGUCGGGAACUUCACAACGGUAGACCUUUUUGAUCUUAACAUCACUGGAAACUACUCUGGUGGAUUUACAAGUAAACCAGCGAUUUCGCCGGCAGAGGUGAAUGUUAACCCAGAAAAGGCCAACACCGAUUUCUACAUAGCCUUGUCGUGUAUCAUCGUCGUUAGUGUGGCGUGCGUGUUUUCCGUCGGUUACAUGUGCUACAGGCGCCGGCGACAGGUAGUUUACCAAGUUUCUACAGAGCACGCGAAUAUUGAGAACGAAAUAUUCCCAACAGAUACACCUUCUAUUCAGAUUGCGCGCGUGGAUGACGACGGAAAUGUCUGGGUAGAAACCUUCCCCGCCACGGAAAAAUGAUGCCCUGUGUUUCUGGUGUAACAAUACAUCUUAAGCCCCUAGUACUGUACAGAAAAAUAUUAUUUUCAAAGGGUUAUUCCUAAUUAUCCUGAAAGAAUUCAAUAACUCUAUAUUAACAUUUGAAAAGUUCUAGUAAAUAUUAGACUGUUGCUUUGGCUUUCACUGUGUACAUGGUAUGUCGCUUGUAUUAUAUGUAUUUAUAUUAAUAUUUGGUUGAUUUACAGUUUCAUAUUGUAUUGAAUGAUUCCUGUAUAUAUAAUAACUUCAUACGAUGCAUACUGUAGUUCGGUUGCGCUGUUUCCAAUUGUAUAAUUUAUCAUGUUCGUUGCCAAUUUCUAUCAUCAUUGAUUGAACUAUUGU